GUCUCUCUGUGCUUGUUUCUAGUUUACAAAUUAUAUCUUGUAGAGAGUUUAUUUUGCUUUCACUCUUCUCCUCAUAUAUAUGUUUUCUGUAUGUUUCAAGAUUGUGUGGUGAAACUUGGAGCAUGGAGCGGUAUGAAGUUCUUGAACAGAUUGGGAAAGGUUCCUUUGGCUCUGCUCUUCUUGUCCGACACAAACAAGAACGAAAGAAAUACGUCUUGAAAAAGAUUCGUCUCGCUCGCCAGUCUGAUAGAGCUCGCCGAUCAGCUCAUCAGGAGAUGGAGCUUAUAUCUACAGUCCGAAAUCCAUUUGUUGUCGAGUACAAAGAUUCAUGGGUUGAAAAGGGUUGCUAUGUGUGCAUCGUUAUUGGAUACUGCGAAGGCGGAGACAUGACAGAAACUAUUAAAAGAGCAUGUGGUGUUCAUUUCCCUGAAGAGAAACUAUGCCAAUGGCUUGUUCAACUCCUAAUGGCACUCGAUUAUCUUCACUCCAACCACAUUCUUCACCGUGAUGUCAAGUGUUCUAAUAUAUUCUUGACAAAAGAACAAGACAUACGGCUUGGUGACUUUGGCCUCGCAAAGAUUCUCACUUCUGAUGACCUUACUUCCUCUGUUGUUGGGACUCCAAGUUACAUGUGCCCUGAGCUUCUUGCUGACAUACCUUACGGAUCAAAGUCAGACAUUUGGUCCUUGGGAUGCUGCAUGUACGAAAUGUCUGCUCAUAAGCCUCCUUUCAAAGCUACUGAUGUGCAGACAUUGAUAAGCAAAAUACACAAACUGAUAAUGGAUCCCAUCCCUGCCAUGUAUUCCGGCUCAUUCCGAGGCCUCAUCAAAAGCAUGUUGCGGAAAAAUCCUGAACUGAGGCCAAGUGCUAGCGAGCUGCUUAACCACCCUCACCUUCAGCCUUACAUCAGCAUGGUUUAUAUGAAGCUAGAGAGUCCCAGACGGAGCACUUUCCCACCCCAGUGGUCAGAGACGAAGGAAAGAAGGCGUUCUUUUAGUAGUAACGACAGGAGAGUGAAUCCGAGUGUCUCUGAUACAGAAGCAGGCUCCGUGUCUUCUUCGGGGAGAGCCUCCCAUUCACCAAUGUUCAGUGGAAGAAAAGUCUCAGAAGUAACUGUUGGAGUCGUCAGUGAAGAGAUUGUUGCACAAAGGAAGGAUGGAGUACUUAAGAAGCAAUGUGGUGGUGCAGCAUCAUCUAGAACCCCGAGAGUGGCUUGUGUUAUGCCAAAGAGGCUUGAAACGCCGUCAAGCACUCCUCGUACUCUUGAGCUGACGAAUCCUACAGAGAGGAGGAGGAGGAGAGCAUCUCUUCCGUCGGUCGUGGAAAACCCUCCUUACGGUUGCGAAUCAGAUAUCAUUGCUAUUUGCGGCCUAAAGUCACCGGACGUUUCUGUAAACGCUCCAAGGUUCGACAGGAUCGUUGAAUACCCUCAAGAUCUCUUCCAGAACAGAGAGACAGCCACCUCAGGAGGAGGAGCCAGGCGAUUUUCUUAUUCUUCUGCUAGGACGAAAGACAAGUGCACAACAACGAGUGAAAAGACAAGGUCAGUGUCGGAGGUGAAACAGAGAAGGUUCGACACGUCGUCGUAUCAGCAGCGGGCGGAGGCACUGGAGGGACUGCUGGAGUUCAGUGCAAGGUUGUUGCAGCAGGAAAGGUACGAUGAGCUUGGUGUUCUCCUUAAACCUUUUGGGCCGGAGAGAGUGUCUCCGCGAGAGACGGCCAUCUGGUUGACCAAGAGCUUCAAAGAAGCUUCCGUCUAGUUCCAAUCCCUUUCCAUUUUGCUUGUGUUGUUUGUAUAAUAAAUAAAUAAAUAAACAAACUUGGUUUGGGGUUGAUGGGCCUUAAUAUUAUGUUGGGCCACUUUUAAUUGUGAA